AUUCGCAUUGCCUGAUAAUUGUGCGAUCGUGCUUCUCUCCUCAUCCGAUCUCUCCUUUUCGCCAUCGCUGCCGGCGAUUCCGAUGAUUUCUCUCUCUCUCUCUCCUUCGUCUUUUCUUUUUUACAACGCUCUCCUUUCAGCCUCCCGGUGAAUAUGCUUAUGUUGUGAUUAUAGGUUGUCAUCUUUUGCCUUGGCUUCUCUAUCGUGGAUCUGCCGUAGCCGUCUCUGUUACGUUCUUCAGUUUUUUUCUCUGGAUAUGGCUCCUGCUUGUUGAUCGAUACCUGCGUUCCUCGCCUUCUUGAUGAUUUUGGUUUGGUCUCCGUUUCUUGCGGAUGCGGUAGUCGAUGAUAAUGAUUUUAUGGUGGUAGAUAAUAUCGAUUCUGAAUUGGAAAGUUCUGCCCUGCGGUUGAUGUGUUGUUUUUGUUGGAUGAUCUAGGAUUUUGAGUUGACGAGAAACUUGCGGCGUUCUUCCAAUCUUGGCCGUGUUUCCCGUUCAUCUGCAGAGGGCGAGGAGUUUUCUUCUUCUCAGAUUUUCUUCAAUUUGAAUCGCGACUUGCUUGUCUGAUCGUGGCUAUGCGUAUCUUGUUCUUGGAUCGAUGAUUCUGCUCUCUGGCUUCUCUAACUGUCGUUGUGUUCGUUGAUCUGGUGAUUUCUAGAGUCGUAGAGCCAUGGAUCUCCGCUGGGAGCUCGUCUUUUUCCUGUAGGCCUUGGAGCCGAAGAUCCCGAGUAUUUGUAUCGAGUAAUAUGGAUUGGUUGGUUUACCACUUCGGUUCGGCAGCGGUUGAUUUGUUGUUUCUUGUUGCCCGAUUUAGGACCUCGAAGUGCGAUCUGUGCCGGGAUGUGCACUCAUGGAUUCCUUCUCCUCUUUCCGUAGAGUCCGUGGUUGUAGAUCACGAGUAUCUGUGUAUUUGGAUUUUGGUUAUCUAAAUUAAUCCCUUCUGUUUGGCGGUGGUUGAUUUGGUGCUUCUCGUUGAAUAACUUAGGACCUGGAAGGACGAUCGAUUGCUCAAUGUGCUGGAGAGGGAGUCAUAUCCGUCGCUUAUUGACAUCAUUGACUGGUUUUCUACCCUUUUGGUAUUCGUUGAUUGUGAAAAACAUAUUCUACCGGAUUUGAUUUGCAGAUUGGUAUCUGCAGGUUGGAGGCUUGCUCUUCCAGGAUGCAGGAGUCUUGUUCUUCUUUCUCCUUCACUUGCGUUUGUUUUCAAUUGAUUUUUACUGUUCCCUUGGCGAUGGAGAUGUGAUUCCUGUCGUAUUCUCACCCUGAACAGAUGUCCUCCGACUAAUUGAAUUAAGGGGCUACCGUACCGAUAAGUAUCUUGUGUCAUUCUUCUGCCUCGGAUGGUUACAGAGUUUUUUCAGUAUCUUUUGAAUUGGAGUUCAAUUGUUCUUUCUGGCUUUUUGGAUCUUCAGGAACUAAGUGGUGUUAGUUGGAAGAACUUAGAUCCGUAUAUCUGUUCAGGGAGUACUCGGUUAUAUGAUAUAAUUAUUCUGGCUUUCCAAUGUUCCGUUGUUCUUGGCUUCCUCCUCUGAUUUCUUGUUGGUGGCUAUUUUGGGUUGUAACUCUCAGGGGGAGAUGAACUCUGCUGGGCUUGGAGUAUCUUUAGCAGAUGGGAUGCAGUACCGAGCAUCAUGUUAACAUUGAGAUGUCAACAUGUCUAGUGACAGAGUGUGCUUUGCGGGGUGAUCGGUAUCUGUCAAUGGUCUUGUGGUUGGGAGGUUUAAUGGAUGUCCUGUGUUUCAUUAUGAGUAGUUUUCUGUUGUUUGGGUUGGUGAAUGGUGACAUCGUACUCGUUGGGUUUGCCGGUGUUUCUCAGGUGCAGUGGCACAGGACUUGACGAAUGCGGAAUGGUUUGCUUAUGUCUUGCUUCUCUUUCCUUUUCGGGUUGUUUGCUUGUUUCUAUAGCUGUUUUUAAGUGAGUUCGUUUUGAUAUUCUACCACUUAUGGACUGCUGCAGGGUGUUGAUUUGGACUGUUCUCUUCCCAUCAUUCUGGGGAUGCAGGAACCUUGUCCUACUAAGUUUUCUCUUUCUUUCACUUUUGGGUUAGAUUUUAGAUGUCAAUUCCCUUCAUGUUGGGCGGUGACUACUUUACUAUUUUUCCAUCCUGAGCAGAUGUUUCCUGGCUAGUAGACUUUAGUCUACUGAGGAUCUUCUGGAUUGGAGUUCAAUGGUUAUCCCAUGUUUCAGAUUUUUUGAAACUUCAGGAACUGGUGGAUGUUCGUAUGAACUUAGAUUCGUAUAUAUUAUCAGGGAUUAGUCUGUUAUUUGAUAAAUUUUCUGGUUCCCUGUUCCAUUGUUGUUGGCUUCCUCCUUCGAUUUUUGUUGUUGGUAACUUCGGGGUUGUAACUCUCAGGGGGAGACGUACUAUGGUAGCUUGGAUGGAUCGUCUUUAGCACAGAUAGGGCGCUUAACCGAGUAUAAUGUCGAGACAUGGGUCACCCUUACCCCUUGUUUUUCACUGGUUUCAUGAUUUCCAUUGAGCAAUGAUUAAUCAUUCUUCUUCCAUCUUUUGCACAGAUGUCGACAUGAUUGGUUUAUGACAGCAUGUACUUUGUCGGGUGAAUCGUAUCUGGCUCAUUUGUCCUGUGGUUGGGUGGUUUUGUGGACAGACUGUGUUUCAUUACCGGUAGUUUUCUGUUGUUUGGGUUUGGGUUGGUGACAUGGUGCUCUUUUGGUUUGCCAGUGUUUUCUUAGGCUGCAGCGGCGCAGGAUGCUAGGAUGGAUCCGAUGGAUUGGAUGGGGAAGUGUUCGGCUAUGUGUCUUAGCAUUCAUUUUCUGGCUCGUUUCUUGUUCUUACAGUGGUCAUGUUUAAGUAAAUCCGUUUUGAUGUAUUACCACACCUGGAUUGCUGCAAGGUGUUGCUUUGGACUGUUCUGCAUAUUGUUCUGUGGAUGCAAGAACAUUACAUCACUAAGUUCUUCUAUUUCCUUCACUUUUAGUGUUAGAUAUUAGAUAUAAAUUCUCUUCGCCAGUGAGACUGCGACUAUUUGUGACCAAUUUUCAUCCUCAGCAGAUAUUUUCCCGGGCUAACUGGCUUCAUCGGGCUGCUGUAGCCAUGACUAUGUAGUGUCAAUCUUGUGCUGAGUUAUGUUGGAAAGAUCUGCAUAUCUGAUCUGGGAGUAGUCAAUUGAUAAAUCUUCUAAUUCCAUUGUGUUCUUGGCUUCCUCCUUUGAAUUCUGUUGGUGGUAAUUUUGGGGUUUUAACUCUCAGGGGGUAUGCUGGUUUGGGGCAUCUUUAUCAGAUAGGAAGCUAAGCCGAGCUUAAUGUCAAGAUAUGGGUUACCUUACCUUCCUACAUGUUCAAUAGUUUUUCAUUGUGUUUUUGGAAUAUCCAUUGCACAAUGAUUCAUUGUACUUGUCUUCCUCUUAUGAUUUUUUGUUGGUAAUAUGAAGACAUAGAUUACCCUUGCCCUUCCCUACCUGUUAAUUGUUUUUCACCGUGUUUAGGAAUUCCAUUGCGCAUUGUUUCACCAUUUGUCUUCUAUCUUCUGCCCAGGUGUCAAUAUGGUUGGUUAGUGACAGCAUGUGCUUUGCAUGGGUGAUAACGGUCUUGUGGUUGGGAGGUUUUGUGGACAGUCUGUGUUUCAUUAUAGGUAGUUUUCUGUUUGGUUUCGUGACAUGGUGCUAUUUGGGUUUGCUGGUGUGUUCUCAGGUUGCUGUGGCCAAGGAUGGAACGGAUGGUGGAGGGUUUUGCUUUUAUGUCUUG